CGAGGUAACACCACCAGAGUACUGGUGGGGGUGAAUCUAGAAGCACGAAUUAGGCAGAGACCCCAUGUCCCACGGUGCUGCGCACGGGCAGAUGAGCAGCCAGGUCCACUGUGGGGAAUGUUGGGUGCCGUCUGGAUGUGACGCCUGCACACGUACGGGGCUUUUCCUAUCGACUAGAAUCCACCCUGGUAGUCCUCACGGGAUGACGGCCGCACUGUGCCGCAGAAUGCAGAAAUGUGCUGAUGACAGAGGGCUUCAUUCCUGUCAUUCAGCAUUCCUGUCUGUGCUGGAUCACACGGCUCCACAGCAACAGGCAUCAGACCACCGAUCGGCCCCACUGAAACACAUUGCAACAUAUUUGUUUUCACUUGGUAAAAGCAGGAGUUGCAGAAAUUGAUUCACAUCAGCAACAGUUUGACAGUUUCGUGGGCAGAGUGACUCCCGGUGUGUUUUUCUGCCAUGGUCCUCCAGUCCUAGAUGGCAGACUAAGACAUGGGGCGAGGAAAUGGUUCUUCCGCCACUGACUUCAUUCUCCUGGGCCUCUUCUCUGCCUCCCAGCAUCCCGGCCUCUUCGUCAGCAUCAUCCUCCUGUUUCUCGGGGUGGCCGUCAUGGGAAACUCUGUCCUGGCCCUGCUGAUCUGGGGCAGUGCCCGCCUGCACACCCCCAUGUACUUCCUGCUCAGCCAGCUCGCCCUCAUGGACCUGACCCUAAUCUGCACCACCGUGCCCAAGAUGGCCUCAGACUUCUUCUCGGGACACGGGAGCAUUUCCCGUCGCGGCUGUGGAGUUCAAAUCUUCCUCUACUUGAUGCUAGGGGUGGCCGAGUGUGUUCUUCUGACUUUCAUGGCCUUUGACCGCUACUUGGCCAUCUGCAGCCCCCUCAGAUACCCAGUCAUCAUGACCCCGAGUGUCUGUGUGCAAAUGGCCGUGGGGUCGUGGGCUGGGGGUGUGCUCAUCUCCCUCAUGCACACAACCUAUGCCAUGCACCUCUCCACCUGUGGCUCCAGGAGAAUCCACCAUUUCUUCUGUGAGGUCAUGGCCCUGCUGAGGCUCUCCUGUGAGGACACCUCUGCCUACGAGAAGAUGGUGCUGGCCUCCGGCAUCGUUUUCCUGCUCAUCCCUUUUGGACUCAUCCUCACCUCCUACGUGCUCAUCUUCCUCACCGUGCUCUGCAUGAACUCCCCCGACAGCAGGAACAAAGCUCUGGCCACCUGCUCGUCCCACCUGGCUGUGGUCAGCCUCUACUUUGGCCCAGCCAUGAUCAUCUACAUGACCCCGGGGUCCUCCCUGCCCCCCGAGGUGGACCAGCGUCUGUUUGUGGUUGAUGUUGUCAUCACGCCCAUGCUGAACCCUCUCAUCUACAGCUUGAGGAACAAGGAUGUGCUGUGGGCCCUGCGGAACGUUCUAGGGAGCAGGCUGAUGCUUACACAGAAAAGGUGAUGCUGCUUUUCAUUCAGACGCCCAGAUUCUCAACGCUUCUCCCACGGAACGCUGGUUCUGA